AUGGCUGAUGUCGACCCCCGCAUGAUGAAGGUGUCGCCGCGGAUACGGUACAAUACUAUCGGCGGCGUAAACGGACCAUUGGUCAUUCUCGACAAUGUCAAAUUCCCGAAGUACAACGAGAUCGUGUCCUUGACACUGCCUGACGGCUCAGAGCGGUCUGGUCAGGUCCUGGAAGCUCGAGGAAACCGAGCAGUCGUUCAGGUUUUCGAAGGUACCUCCGGAAUCGAUGUGAAGAAGACGAAAGUCGAAUUCACGGGCCACAGCUUGAAGCUCGGUGUGUCUGAGGACAUGUUGGGUCGUAUCUUCGAUGGAUCAGGCAGAGCCAUCGACAAGGGUCCUAAGGUGCUUGCGGAGGACUACCUCGAUAUCAACGGCAGUCCCAUUAACCCCUACUCCCGAGUUUACCCGGAAGAAAUGAUCUCCACCGGCAUCUCCGCUAUUGACACCAUGAACUCCAUCGCCCGUGGCCAGAAGAUUCCCAUUUUCUCCGCCUCCGGUCUACCGCACAACGAGAUCGCCGCUCAAAUUUGUCGGCAAGCUGGUCUCGUUGGAAAGCCUACAAAGGACGUACACGAUGGACACGAGGAGAAUUUCUCCAUUGUCUUUGGUGCUAUGGGUGUGAACUUGGAGACAAGUCGCUUCUUCACACGAGAUUUCGAAGAGAACGGCAGUAUGGAGCGUGUCACGCUGUUCCUCAACCUGGCCAACGAUCCUACGAUCGAGCGUAUCAUUACUCCUCGUCUUGCGCUUACCACGGCCGAGUAUUACGCUUACCAGCUCGAGAAGCACGUCUUGGUCAUUCUCACUGACUUGUCUUCUUACUGCGAUGCCCUUCGCGAAGUCUCCGCCGCUCGCGAAGAAGUGCCCGGUCGUCGUGGUUACCCAGGUUACAUGUACACGGAUUUGUCAACCAUCUACGAGCGCGCAGGACGUGUCGAGGGCCGGAACGGCUCCAUCACUCAGAUUCCUAUCCUGACUAUGCCCAACGACGACAUCACCCACCCCAUCCCCGAUUUGACCGGCUACAUCACCGAAGGCCAGAUCUUCAUCGACCGCCAGCUCGACAACAAGGGUAUCUAUCCACCCAUCAACGUCCUACCCUCCCUCUCCCGUCUCAUGAAGUCCGCCAUCGGUGAAGGCCGCACCCGAAAAGACCACGGUGAUGUGUCCAACCAGCUCUACGCCAAAUACGCCAUUGGUCGUGAUGCCGCCGCCAUGAAGGCCGUUGUUGGUGAGGAGGCCCUCUCCUCCGAGGACAAGCUCUCCCUUGAAUUCCUCGAGAAGUUCGAACGCACCUUCAUCGCACAAUCCGCCUACGAGUCUCGCUCCAUCUACGAAUCGCUCGACCUCGCUUGGUCGCUGCUUCGCAUCUAUCCUAAGGAGUUGCUCAACCGUAUUCCGGCCAAGGUGCUGGAUCAGUUCUAUGCUAGAAGUCGGGAACGGGAGAGCGAGCGAAAGAAGAAAGGGAACAAAGAUACGAGAGAUAAUUCGGGCGAGCAGCAGCAGGAUGGAGAGAAUUUGAUUGACGUAUAG